CAUCUGCUGAUCACACAUACAGCAUCGAAAAAAAGUUUAAAAACAAAGCUACACAAGUGAACGUCUGCACGAAAGAGUCAAAAGAAACCCAAACAGACCCGUGGCAACCAGCACCUGCGACACCAGACGCAAGUUCUGCUCCAACCACCACAGAGCCAACACCUGUGCUGCCAUGUGCAAGUCCUGCGCCACCUGCUAUGGAGCCACUACUUGCGCCGCCAUCGACUACCGAGAGGGCAAGCAAGGAAAGUUUCUUUGAAGAGCGGGUUGCCCCUUCACACAAGCCAGCAGAAGAAGACUUCCUGCUUGGGGACAUUUCACUUGAAACUCCAAGAAUGUGUUCAAGCCCUGUGCCGGUGGAAGAUGCAGACACAACUUAUGAGCCAUCUCGGGAUGAGAGCUACCUAAGCGACUCAGCCCCAUCGCACCCCCCGCACGAGGAGAAGAAAUACAUUGUGUUUCAAAGUUGCCUCCUGCAGCUGUUCCGGCAGUGCAUCACAUGCCAUGCAACAUGCACACUUCAAACCUGGACCCAAGGCACAAUGAUCAAGGUGAAGGCUGUGUGUCCCGACAAGCAUACGAGGACUUGGCUGAGUCAGCCACUCAUCAAGAACAAGGCUGCUUGCAACGUCCUCCUGUCCACAGCUAUUGUGGCCACUGGUUCCAGCCCUUACAAAGUGCUGAGGCUCCUGGAACUCAUCAACAUCCAGGCUAUUGCAGAACGAACAUACUUUCUUUACCAGACAGCGAUCGUGCAGCCUGCAAUUGAACGAGUGUGGAAUCGAGAGCAAAAGAGGCUUCUUGAAGAGAGGCGGGGAAAGAAAGUUCACUUGGCUGGAGACGGGAGGUUCGAUUCGCCGGGCUUCUCUGCUAAGUACAUGACGUACACGUUCAUGGAGAUGGACACCAACCAAGUCGUCUACUUCGUACAGGUCUGCCUUGGAGAGGCUCCUGAGGUCAAGACCAGCAACUCCAUGGAGCUGUAUGGCUGUGUCAAGGGCAUAGAUUUCCUCAAGCAGCAGGGCAUCACCAUUGAAGACUUGGUGACCGACCGUCACGUCGCCAUCAAGGGCCACAUGAAGACGAAGGAGCCCGAGAUCCAUCACUACUUCGAUGCUUGGCACAUAGCAAAAGGCGUAAGCAAAAAGAUGCUGGCGGCGAGCAAGUAUGCAGGGUGUGGUGCCUUGGUGCAAUGGGCACAGCCUGCCUCCAACCAUGUCUACUGGUGUGCGGCCAACAGCGAAGGAGAUGGCAAACUCCUCGUUGACAUGUGGAAAAGCAUCAACAAUCAUGCCUCGGAUGUGCAUACUGGCCACCGAGGGAUCUACAACCGCUGCCUCCAUGACCCUCUCAUUGGAGAGAGGGAGUGGCUUUCUCCAGGUACCCCAGCAUACAAGCGUUUUGCAGCAAUCACGACACAACGAUUGCUGCUUAGGGACCUCGAGCACGUCUCACCCGCGGGCCAGACCUACAACCUCGAGUCUUAUCACAGUACUCUGACAAGAUUUGCCCCCAAGUCUGUUGCAUUCAAGCCCGGCAUGAUGCUUGCCAGAACCAGGCUGGCUGCCCUCCAUCAUAAUGAGAACUCCACAAGAAGCCAAGCCCUCACAAGGGACGGACGUCUCAAGUGGAAGAGGAGAAUGCAGAGGGCAAAGAAGGGGAUCGAGACCGUCAAGAAGGAGAAAACCAAGCCUACCUAUGCGUACGUCGGCGCACUUCUCCACGAAGUUGUCGCUUGCUGCAACGAGUCGUCCUCCUUCAAGGAGGCACUGGAAAAGACCCGUCAGGAAGAAGUCCUCCCCAUGGCGUCGCUGUACCCAAGGCUCCCCAAAGAGCAGCUGGUGGCGCAGAGAAUGUCGCGCUUCAGCCGGGGGGCGCCAGGACACUCAUGAGAAGGAUCUACUGCACAAGAGACCACCGACACAAGAAGUGAACCAACCUCAGCUAUCCACUGGUGCGGAGUCCAGAGAGGGGUACCGGAAGCCAGUGUACCUCUGGGAGGGAAAUGUUUUUCUUAUUUUAUGAACAGCACAUGCUGGCAAAACUCGCCGGUUUCCAGCGCCCAGGCGACCCCACAUCCAGCGGGUGAAUUGCCGGUACGCCACAAAGCGAUACUUCCUGCAGAAAAGAAAAAUCGAGCGUUUGUUUUUUGUAGACAGGAAAUGAACAGUACCUGGAAAAUCUAAGCGAAGUCCUUUUUCGGGAGGACGUCCAGCUCCCUUGUCACACGGUGUUGAAUGUUGGGAAGCACAAUCACACAGAUCCCAGGUCUAAAUAAAGCGGACAAUUUCACGCUUGAAUGCCCACUUCCUCCGCUAACAUUCAUACUGUGAGUAGACGAUCCUUGGCCAAAGCUCCUUUACCGUUUGUAUGUUUUCUUUGCGACAUGCAGUUCCAAGCUUGCCAAAUUGACAAACAUCUUCGAUGCUGUCCUGCCUUUCUUGAAAAUGUUUAAGCCCGACAUAAACCUACCUCAGAGUAACAACCUGUUAAAUACUUUUGCACAUGCAGAAAGACAAAAGGUUUCUUGGUGCAUUGUGAUAGCGGUGGUGCAGUCAAACUGGUUGGUGAGCAGGGCGAUGCAUAGAUACUCCAGAGAAUAUUCAGGAAUACAAAUACUGAGAUAUAUGUAUUUUAAGGCCUAAAAUACAGAUGCUAUAUAUCUGUCUUAUGCAACGGGAUGACACUGAGACACCUCUGAAAAACAUUGAAAAAGUAUUCUGGAAUACAGAUACAGACACUUAUAAAAAUACAUUUGUUCCUGAACGGUGCUACGUGGGGAGGGCAUACUGUUGAAAUUUGGGCUAGUUGGUGAAGCAUGUUUAGGGGUCAAACAGCGCAAACAAGGUACUCUUGCAAUACAUUUGUAUCGCAAUACUGCCCAGCCCUGCUGGUGAGAUCGGUCUAUCUGCAGUAUUCCUGAGUUUUUAAAAUAAUAAUAGCGGGCGAUUGUCCACAGUGGGUGCUUCUGCAGUAUUUGACAGUAGUGUCACCUGUCACGCCAACUCCCAUUAUUUUGACAGGCUGUUAUCUAUAGGUCUAAGAUAUGUGGUGCAGUUGGCCUAUGUGUAUAUACUACUGCCUUUCCAUGUAAUAAAAACACUGUUGAUAUGUU